CUCCCAACUCCCCCUCUCGGAGCAACGCAGCAUCCAUGUCGUCGCCCCUCAGUCUCCAUCGUGCCUGCGAUCGCUGCCGUCGCAAAAAGGCCAAAUGCGACUCUGUUGACUACUCGUGCACUGGGUGCCGUGGAGCCGGCCAUGCUUGCACGUUUGACAUUGCUCCAGGAAAGCGAGGGCCAAAGGGAAAACCCCGACGCCGCUACAUCCCCAGCCCCCAAGAGCAUUACCACCCGUUCUCGCUGACACUUUCCCCGCAUUUGUCUCCGCCAGCUCUUUCCUUGCAACCCGCUCGCCAUCUGACAGUACCCGACCGAUACGAUCUUCUCUCCAAAGCUGUCACAAAUGUUUCCUCGCUCUCCAACACUCUCGAAGGACUACUCCAACAAUGCACAGAGCUCUUCUUCUCAUAUAUCGUGCCCUUCAACAUGUCCGUGCACGAGCCCACCCUCCGCCACUCGCUAAGCCAGGCGCUUAGCACUAAUCCCCGCGCCUUCUCAAUGGCCCAAUCCGAAUUCACCCUCCUGACUGCAGUAUGCGCCAAAGUAUGCUUCUUUAUGCCCUCGGAGUUAUUCCCGGUUGGCAAAUCCCUCGCCGAGACGUUUCUCGAGGCAUCACGGAGCUGUCUUGCCGACUAUUCGGACACAGAUCUCGAGAACCCCUGUGCCGACUCCAUUACCAUUCGGUACCUCCACUCCAAUUGCUUACAUACCAACGCAAGACCAAUGAUUUCGUGGCAUGUCUUUGGCGAGGCCCUUCGAUUAGUCCAGCGCAUGCGCCUUCACGACGAAAACUCGUAUCUCUCAUUGGACCCUAUCGAGGCUGAGAUGCGGCGGAAUGCUUUUUGGCAAAUAUACAGUGGGGACAAGUCGCUGGCUGUACUGAGGUCAAUGCCGAUGACCGUAACUGACUACGCUUUUGCAGAGGGGAUAACAGUUGCGCUUCCAUCAACUGAGGAUAAUGAAUUAUCCAUAGGCACAAACGCUGGUAUAUGUCUGUGGAGAUACGCAGCAGACCUCAUCCUUCGAACUAGAGUAAUCCGAAAGGACCGAGACUUAGAUGUACUACUAUCGCCAGCUGACCACAAAUCCCUCUCUGAGCUCUAUAUCCGCUUCGCCACAUGUCUCGACGACCUACCGCCGCAUCUUUUGCCAGAGGGUAUCACCCCCUCCCCAUCCGUCACCGACUCCAAUCCCACCAACACCAGAUUCGCCGUCCAAAUAGCCGACCUGCAUGUAACCUACCACUGUCUACAGAUGCACCUAACUCAACAGCUUGAUGAGAUAGGCUACUUUGCCCAGCAUGGAGGCGAAAGCAACGAUAUGGUCGUUUUGCGGAAAACCGAGAUUGCCGGUGAUAUGGUGCGGCUUUUGCAGAGGAUUCCGUUCUGGUCGUUACAGGUCAAUGGGGAACCUUGUGCCGAGAAAAUCCGACUCGUCGGCGCGAGCCUCCUCGCUCUGAUACAAGAGCCGUCGUCCUCGCCACUGAUUUCUAGGGCUCGUCGGGACUUUGACGUGCUUCUCGAUAUUUUGUCAAGGCUUGAUUCUAAAGCGUCUGAUGCCCUGCGCCGGGACGUUCACGAUCUAUAAUUUAACCUUCUAAAAUAUUGUGGAUAUCUAUCUAUGCCUUCUUCCUCCUUUCCUGGAACGUCUCCUUGAGGUAAUAAGCCGAGUUUUUUGGGGUCCUCUUAAGGGUCUCAAAGUCCACAUGGACGAGUCCAUAGCGCGGCCCGUAACCGGAAGACCAUUCUAGACGAGAGUUAGUCGACAUGGACAAUUGCUAGAGAAUCUUGGGGGCAUACCAAAGUUAUCCAUCAACGACCACGCGUAAUAACCAACAACCUUGACUCCAUCUUCGGAUAUCGCCCUCGAGAUGGAAUCCAGAUAGAGACCCAGAUACCGCUGUCGGAACUGAUCAUCGAUCGCUAUAUUGACAUCCUCCUCCCCGGGACACGGACACCCAUUCUCGGUGACCACGAUUGGAACAUGAUAGCGGUCCCAGAUCCAGCUGAGCAGUUUCCUGAACCCUUCCG